CGGGCAGAAAGAAUCAGGCACGAGAGGAGGCAGCGGGUGCGAAGACAGGCCUCGAGCGGCCACCGAGGAAGCAUACGAAGCCAGCUGGUCUGGCUUUGAAACAGUGGAGCAGUGAAGAGGGCAGCGAGAGAGAGAGAGAAAGAAAAGUAAGGAAAGAAAGACGUGGAGAGAGAAAGAGAAAGACAGAUAGAGGGGAAAAGAGAAAGAAAGAAAGGAAAGAAGGUUGUUUUUUCCCGCCAAAGAAAUAUCGGCACACCUGAGGAGUUGUCCGGCCUUACAGCAGGUUCUGUGAAGGCUUUUCGGAGGCGAGACGAACAGGACGGACGGCUUCUUUCCCAAGGAGCGGAACUCAGCAGGAAGCUCCAACACGAGACGAGCGCUGAAGAAAAGAAAAGAAACGAGUGCACGAGAGAAAGAGAGAGAGAGAGAGAGAAGCGGAGAGAGGAAGCGUAAGGACUGCAGCUGGAUAUUCUGGGUCCUUCAGAGAGAGAGAGAGAGACAGAGAGAAGGAGGAUAUCACUGCUCCACUAAAGGAUUGCUGUGUGGCCACGUGAAGAGAGGCUGCGAGACAGAUUGACAAAGUGAGAGAGGAAGAGAAGGUUGAGAGGAAGAGAGCGACGAGUAAGCAAGAGACAGAAAGAGAGAGAGAGAGAGAGAGAGGAAGAGAGGUAGGCAGAGUACAAUGUGCUAGGAGGGGAGAAGGAGGACAAGCUCGAGUGUUUUUCUGAUAUUCUCGCGGUGUCAGAGAGACAAACCAGAACGCCAAGAUGGGACGGAAGAAGAUCCAGAUCACUCGGAUCAUGGACGAGAGGAACAGACAGGUCACCUUUACAAAGAGGAAGUUCGGGCUGAUGAAGAAGGCGUACGAGCUGAGCGUGCUGUGCGACUGUGAGAUCGCCCUCAUCAUCUUCAACAGCUCCAACAAGCUGUUCCAGUACGCCAGCACCGACAUGGACAAGGUGCUGCUCAAAUACACAGAGUACAACGAGCCCCACGAGAGCAGAACCAACUCAGACAUCGUGGAGGCGCUAAACAAGAAAGAGCAGAGAGGCUGUGAUAGCCCGGACCCCGAUGCAUCAUAUGUCCUCACGCCACACACGGAAGAAAAAUAUAAAAAAAUUAAUGAGGAGUUUGAUAAUAUGAUGAGAAAUCAUAAAAUCCCCACGGGCCUGCCCCAGCAGAACUUCUCCAUGCACGUGACGGUGCCGGUGUCGAACCACAACGCCAUGUCCUACAACCCGGGGGCGGCCUCCCUGGGCUCCCAGGCCCUGGCCGCGGCCACCGCCUCCCUGAGUGACAGCGGCAUGCUGUCCCCCCCGCAGGCCUCCCUGCACAGGAACGUGGUGGCGGCCGCGGGACAGCAGCAGCAGCGACCCCCCAGCACUGGCAGCGCAGGUAAUGGCUUUGUGAACCCGCGUGGCGGCGGCUCUCCUGGCCUGCUGGGCAGCCCCAGUGGUAAUGGGCUGGGCAAGGUGAUGCCCAACAAGUCCCCCCCACCUCCAGGGGGCAGCAUGAGCAUCGGCGGACGCAAGCCCGACCUCAGAGUCGUCAUCCCCCCCUCCAGCAAAGGCAUGAUGCCCCCACUGUUCGGGGUGGGGCAGACUGAGGAAGAGGAGAUGGAGUUGGUGAACACCCAGAGGAUAGGCAGCUCCCAGUCGGCCCAGCCCCUGGCCACCCCCGUGGUCUCGGUCACCACCCCCAGCCUGCCUCCCCAGGGCCUCGUCUACUCUGGCAUGCCCACCGCAUACAACACUGAAUACUCCCUGAGCAGUGCAGAGCUGUCUUCUCUCCAAGGCUUCGGCUCCCCCGGCCUCUCUCUGGGCUCCAUGUCGGCAUGGCAACAACACACACUGGGACAGGCAGCUCUCAGCUCGCUGGUAGGUGGCGGCCACUUGCCUCAGGGCUCCAACCUGUCCAACAGCGGCCACCAGAACGUGAGCAUCAAGUCAGAGCCCAUCUCCCCCCCUCGAGACCGCAUCCCCCCCGCGGGGUUUAGCGCCCAGCAGCAGCAGCAGCAGCAUCAUCAUCAUCAUCAUCAGCAGCAGCAGCAUCAGCAAGGGGUGCCCCCUGGUGGCAGGCCUGAUAUGGGCCGCUCCCCCGUCGACAGCCUCAGCUCAUCCUGCUCCUCGUACGACGGCAGCGACCGAGAGGAUCAUCGCGCCGACUUCCACUCCCCGCUCGGCCUGGGAGGAGGAGGGGCCGGGGGAGGAGGAGGAGGGGGUGGAGGAGGAGGAGGGAGGCCCCCGGCCGGGGGAGACGAACGAGCGAGCCCCUCUGUCAAGCGCAUGCGCAUGGACACUUGGGUCACAUAGAGAGAGAGCGAGAGCGAGAGAGAGAGAGAGUGAGAGAGAGUGAGAGAGAGAGCUCCCUCUGCUGGCUGACCCAGAUAACAGCUGGCUGGAACACACGGAACCCUGAGCUGGAGGAGAAGAGAGGCGAGGAGAGGACGUGAGAGGAGAGGAGGAGUGGAGGAGCGAUGGAGAGAGGAGAGGAGAGAUGGAGAGAAAGGGAAGAUGGGUUCCAGUCAGCUGUUAGCAUGGCGGCUACAGGGGAGAGAGUAGAGGGGAGAGGGUGCCGACACAACACGGGAGGGGGGGCAUUGCUGUUGUUGUUGUUGUUGUUUAUUAUUAUAAUUAUUAUUUAAACUUUCAUUUCAUUUUGUAAGUAGGUCAAGUGUUGGAGGGUGGAGUUGAAAAGAUGUCUUGACAUAUCUACAUUUUAAACCAGCUCAAGUCAGCGAGAGGUCAAGUCUAGUGGCAGGCUGCGAUACCAUUUGCUGCUGAACAAGUCCAGUGGUCAGGCUGUGAUAGCAUUGGCUGAUGAAGCCCAAUGGUCAGGCUGCGAUGCCAUUGGCUAAUCAACUCCAGUGGUCAGGCUUCGAUACUAUUGGCUAAUCAAGUCCAUUGGUCAGGCUGCAUUGCGUUAGGAUUGGCUGCUGUAGCCGGUGGGAUCAGGUACUCAGUGCAGGCCAGGAUUCUGCAGGACUCCCUAUUGGAGGAGGGACAAAACAAGUACAUAUAUAAAUAAAUAUACAUCGCAAAACUCUAGAUAACUGUAGUCACUGGUCCAGUCUGGCACUUACUUGUAGUAGCUGUUUUGUUUGCUGUUCAUCUUUUGCAAGUUUUCAGGCAAUCAGUGCAGAUAGGAGAGAGGCUUGGUGUCAGGUGGCGCUUGCCUUCGUUUUUUUUUAAUAUUGUGUAACUUCACCUGCCCCUAUGCUCUUUCUUCUGAAGUAAAUGACAAUACUGUAUGUAUCAACUGAAACACAGGAGGGAUGGUCACCAAACUCUUAAAGGAGAAAGGCUGUCAUUAGAAUCACAGGAGCGUUGUUCCCAAUUAGUAAACAGAUAUCAACCAGUAAAGGAAAAGACGAGACACAUUGUUUAACAGUCUUUGCAUAUAGUGUAAUUAAUUUGAUGUAAUUGGAGAAAUUAAUCUAAAUCCUGUUUGGUACCUUGUUUUGUGACUUUAGAUCUAAUGGGAAAACUAUUUAAGCCAUGAAUUCUAGUCCAGUUGAACUGGCGCCAAUAGCAAGCUAUUCCUACUCACCUCAAACAACUUAAUGGUAACGGAAGCCAAAGCUGUAUGUUGUUACUUUUUUUGUCUUCAUUUGAAGCGGUCUAGAGAUGGGUGUAUUCAAGCUCUCCCAGACUAUGAUUUCCUUUACAGUUUUGUUGUAAUUGCGCCUGGUGACAUACAACAGGAGAGUAAAAAUGCAAACCAGAUCUUGAAACAACAUUGAAAGCCAUGGACACUUGAUGUUCUGUUUGUACAUUAAAAAUUUGAGCCAAACAUUUUUUUUUGUUAUGUAUAUAGCAACUUUAAUAUAUAUCACCUUCGGUGUGAGUACCCGUAUUGUACCUUCACCUGAUUCAAGGAAAAAAAAGUAUAUUUUUGUGGAUUACUGCCAUAUUUACAAGGCGAGAUCCUUAUUAAGUAGAGUAUUCACUGGUUCAUAUUUGCUAUUUUGUUAACAAUACUGUACUUUCUUCAAAAACGGAAUUGUUCUGGUUAAUAAUCAAAGUGUUUUUAUUUCAAAGACAGUCGUUUUUGGGUCGUUUUCCCUUUAAUGGUGGUGAAUGUCUGUCCAUACAAAACAAUUGUAAUAACAGUGCUGUAACUUUGAAGCCUCACUAUCGUUCUUCUCUAAAGUCUUGUUUUUUGUAAAAGGAUACUCAUAAGAUGCUUAUGAUACAUCUGGUUUGUCUCCUGCAGCAAUUGAGUUCAGGACAGACCCAAGGCUGCUGAAUACACUGCCUACUUUAAAGACCACACGGCUCCACUGCUUCCUCAAACACUUUUCAGUUGCCUCAUUCAUUCAUUCAAAUGCCAUGUACAGUGCAAAUAUAUUCUUUUCAAAAUAUCACCCACCAUUUUUGUUGUCCAUUUGUCAUUCAAAUCGACAACAAUUGAGCAUUUACGAAAAAAAAAGUUAAGUGUAAAUACCUAAGCGUUGUAUAUCUAUCUGCAAACAAUAUACUGCAUAUGCUAUAGAUCACACUUUGCCCUUUCUUUACGUUCUUUACAAAAUCCAUCUCCGUAGAGCCUAACUCGCGCCAAACUCACUUGAUCAGCAGAUGGCAUUUCUUAGAAGAAGAAAAGCAAAAGAAAUUCUGAAUUUCAAAGCAUCUGCCGCAUAUGAAAAAGAUUUUCUGUAUAGAUUUAUCAGCACAUGGUAGACUGUACUCCUUACCUACCUGCUUUAUGUACCUAGUGGUGCUUGGCUACCAUGGCAGGCUCUACUCUUUACUCUACCACCGUACCUAUUGUCCUGCUGUGGCGCCUGGCUAUCGCGUCCCACUACACGGACGUUACUCUCUCAUCACUCCAUGCGCACAGCUUUUCUUUUUUUUUUUGGUUAAGAUUUUCCCUGAUUGCAUUAUCAUUUUCGACCCUUAUCCACCUGGGCCCCCUUCACUCCCUCCACAUAUCAUCUGUAAGGCACUCCACACCUACAAGCCCUCUGCAUAUCAGCCUAGAGCCCUCCACAUAUCAGCAAUGCCUGACCUCAUAUCGCCGCCCCUCAGCUGGUGCCUGCCUAUAUUCAGGUGGCUCUCACUACCCCGCUCUGUGGGUGGGGCGGCACCCCACUACACCCACCUGGAACCCUCCUAUGCCUUCUAUGGCCCUGUGUGGUAUAGUACGUCGCCUGCCACCUCUGGUCUGCCAUUGCUGCCCUCGCUAUGCCCAUUUAGUACGGGUCUGGUGUUUGACCUCUACACCCAUUAAGGGUGGGACUCCCUAAGUCCAUGGCUACAUGGCUGUGUAGAGAUGGCGUGCGGGAGGGAGAGGUCGAGUAGCCCAAUAGCCACACGCUAGUCUUAUCACAUAGACAGACGCUCGUCUACCCCAUACCUGCAUGCUCCAUCAGUGAAAAAAAGAGUCAGAGGAUUCAGCAGCUGGAGUCAUAGACCUACGCUAACAAUCACAUAGACUUACAGUAUGGCCACAGACUUGACAUGAUCUCAUUGCUGGAUUGCACAAAUUUAUAUUGUCAAACAAACUAACAAACAAACAAAUCAACCAACAAACAAUGUGUGCUGUAAUCAAAAGGAGUCUCUCUCUAUAUACAUAUCUUAACAUUUGCUAUCUACUUCUGUGUGUGUGAUACUGCUAAAGGCGGAUGUACUGAUAUACCUCCCUACCUUCUCCUCACAAACAAACCGAGAGAAAGACAAAAAAAGACAUUUGCCUCGAGGGAAGUGUGCGAUAAGCUGAUAUCGAUCUAUGCAGUCUUCAAUCCAAACUCAAAUCCUGAGGCCCUGCUCUGGGUUUCUCUCUAGUGAUGUCUUUACCCCCCCUACGCACAGCCCUAUGUAGUCAAUAUGCUCAGGCAUUCAACACCAAGAAUAUAAAUAUGUGUAUGACUGUUAACCUCUCUCCCUUAAGUGCUUGCAUCUCUCCAUUGGCGCAUAUUGAUAUCAUAUCAUAACACUAUACAGACGGAAAAAUGUGUGUAUAGGAUAGUCACCUCAGCAUUUUGAAAUUGUAUUGAUGUGAGCCUUUUAAUCUGUUGUUGUAGAUUCGCCCCAGGGAAUUAGUGGAUUUCAGGCCAUAGUAAUUUUUUGCUUAUUUCAUCAUAAUACUUAUUCAGAGACCUCAUCAGCCCACUCAACUCUAUCUAAGCCUUUUAUGUACAAAAGCAAUAAUGCCAUUGCACACACUAUCACCUAGUGGCACUAGAAAUGCCAUCACAGCAGUGUGGGCCUGUAGGUCUCUCUCUCUCACACACACACACACAUACACACACACACACACACACACACACACACACACAAACGCACGCACACACACACACACACACACACACACACACACACACACACACACACACACACACACACACACACACACACACACACAAACGCACGCACGCACACACACACACACAUUACAUUACAUUUGGCAGACGUUUUUAUCCAAAGCGAUUUACUGUACAAUCAAGAACAUAAUCAUUACAUACAACAUUUGCAGAUACAGUACACACACACACACACACACACACACACACACACACACACACACACACACACACACACACACACACACACACACACACACACACACACACACACACACACACACACACACACACACACACACACACACACACACACACAUUAACCGAGAUGAGCCCACACCCAUCCAAAACCAGACGCUAGGACAUUUGCAGUCAGUCACAAAGUCACUAUGCACAAGAUUUGCAAGUGGAGAUCAGGGCCCUUGCCUAGUUUCACCAUCACUGCACACAUUCUUUCAUAGGACAUAAGGCCUUAAUCCAAAGAUGGGUACACCAAUCAAAACCUAUAGCCUCGUGCACGUCAACAAUAUCGGUCUAAGGAACCCCUCAUCACCUCAACCAUUUGACAGAGCUGUUUUGGCGCACACACGCCGUAAGAAGUAGAUAGCAAAUGUGGAGAGCAAGAUAGACUCCUUUGGUCUGCGUGCUGUGUCGGAUACCAUGCACACCUGUUGAAUGUGAAAGGAAGGGACUUGAGGAAAACGAAGGACUUAUUUGUAGAUUGAGAAUUUUCUUCACUUUGCUGUGCAAGAGUACACUGCUUUGCUUAAUGGCUUUUUCUAAACAGAAAUAUGUAUUUGGUAAUUGUUUGUAGUUACUAGUUCACUUCGAGAAGCUGUUUGCGGUUUGUCUGCUCAACCCGCUUGGCGGCACAAGCUGGACUUUGUUGCCAUGAAAGAAACGUCAUGUUUCAGAAAAAAAAGAGAAAAAUCAAGAGAGAAUUUUAAGUUAAUCUGCAUUAUAUUUCCCUUGAAUGUGUUAUUUUAUCUUCACUAUACAAUAAAUAUUCUAGUGAACUUUUUAUCGAAUGACUAAGACAUUAUGCUAGAGAUUGUUGUACAAAUUUGUAUUCUGCGUUCACUAAAGUAAAGAUAUUGGCUUUUACUGUGUAACUGA